AUGGAGAAAGGAGGAAACAUACAAUUGGAGAUUCCUGAUUUCAGCAACUCAGUCCUGAGCCACCUCAACCAGUUGCGCAUGCAAGGCCGCCUGUGUGACAUUGUGGUGAAUGUUCAAGGGCAGGCGUUUCGGGCUCACAAAGUGGUCCUGGCCGCCAGCUCCCCCUACUUCAGGGACCACAUGUCCUUGACUGAGAUGAGCACCGUGUCUAUUUCCGUCAUUAAGAACCCCACGGUGUUCGAGCAGCUCCUUUCGUUCUGUUACACAGGGCGGAUCUGCCUGCAGCUGGCGGACAUCAUUAGCUACCUGACGGCCGCCAGUUUCCUGCAGAUGCAGCACAUCAUAGACAAAUGUACCCAGAUCCUGGAGGGCAUCCACUUCAAAAUUAACGUGGCCGAGGUGGAAGCCGAGUUGGGCCAGCCCAGGACAAAACAUCCCGAGAGGCUGCCUGAAUCUCCCCGGGCCACUCCAGGGCUCAACCGCUCCCUCAGCCCCCGCCUGAACACCCCCAAGUGCAGUCGGCGGGGCCAGAUGAGCGGGAUGCUGGAUGUGCGGGAACUCAGCCCCCCUGAGGAGUCCACCAGCCCUCAGAUCAUCGAGCAGAGCUCGGACGUGGAGAGCAGGGAGCCCAUUCUGCGCAUCAACCGGGCAGGACAAUGGUAUGUGGAGACGGGAGUGGCUGACCGAGGGGUCCGGAGUGACGACGAGGUGAGAGUACUGGGCGCCGUGCACAUCAAAACCGAGAACCUGGAGGAGUGGCUGGGGCCUGAAAACCAGCCCUCGGGUGAGGACGGGAGCAGCGCUGAGGAGGUCACAGCCAUGGUCAUCGACACCACGGGCCAUGCCUCUGUGGCCCCGGAAAGCUAUGCCCUGGGGUCUUCGGGAGCCAAGGUGGUCCGGCCCACCAGCAGCGAGAUUGACAGGUUUAGCCCCUCAGGCAGUGGGGUCCCCUUGACUGAGCGACACCGAGCCAGAAGUGAAUCUCCGGGAAGGAUGGAUGAGCCUAAGCAGCCAUGCUCCCAGGUGGAGGAGUCAGCGCUGCUGGGUGUGGGCGGCUACGUGGAGUAUCUUCGGGAACAGGAGGUGUCGGAGCGUUGGUUCCGCUACAACCCCCGCCUCACCUGCAUCUACUGCGCCAAGUCCUUCAACCAGAAGGGGAGCCUGGACCGACACAUGCGCCUACACAUGGGGAUCACCCCGUUUGUCUGCCGCAUGUGCGGCAAGAAGUACACCCGCAAGGACCAGCUGGAGUACCACAUCCGCAAGCACACGGGCAACAAGCCCUUCCACUGCCACGUCUGUGGCAAAAGUUUCCCUUUCCAGGCCAUCCUAAAUCAGCACUUCCGCAAAAACCACCCUGGCUGUAUCCCCCUGGAGGGGCCUCACAGCAUCUCUCCUGAGACGACUGUCACAUCUCGGGGCCAAGGCGAGGAGGAGUCCCCGUCUCAGCAGGAAGAGACUGUGGUGGCUGGGGAAACUGCCCAGGGCUCCGUGUCCACCACUGGACCCGACUGAGACACAGGGUGAGGGGAGUACGGGGCUCACCCUUUUCCCCUCUGUGCCCUGAGCCACUUGGCAUCAGGGCCCCAAGCUGGUACUUAGAUUCCCAAAAAUGCCACCUGGCCAGACCAGAGAUGUUCCCCAGAUGCUGCCAGAUUAGAGGAUCAGUGGCGCUUCCCCACCUCACACCUCGGAAAAUCAGCAAAAGCAACCUUCUAAUUCA